AUGCCAGAUAAAGGCAAUAACAUCCUCACAUUCCAAAACUUCCAUAAACAGAUGCCAGUACCAUUUGUUAUUUACGCUGAUUUUGAGGCUAUCACAGAAAAAAUACUUGGCUGUUCACCUAAUAACAAAGAAUCAUAUCAGAAACAUACUGAUUGCAGUUAUGGUUACAAGUUUGUUUGCUGUUAUGAUGACAAAUACCCUAAACCGAUUAAGAUUUACAAUGGUGAAAAAGCUGUGUAUAAAUUCAUGGAAGAGAUGCCAAAAGAAGUUGAACAAUGCAAAAGAUUGCCGCAAAAAGGUUUAACAAACCAUUAG